UCUGGUCGUUCUCGCUCGGUGAGACGUGCCGUGCUCUGUAGUGCCAGGCAGCCCAGACCCCUCAAGAGGGAUUCACAUUCAGCCGCUUGCCAUGGAACGUCACUUUGUCAUUGAUGGGCCGCUCACUCGAAAGAAUGAAAAGAGGCAGGCUUGUGAUGCCUGUCACAAACGCAAGAUCCAGUGCGUCUGGACUGCGCCGCGCUGUGACUGGUGUAAGCAUCAAAAGCUGGCAUGCACCUUUACCCGGCCCAACCGACGAGUCAGAGCGGCGCGUCAAGCGAGGGCGCAAAAUGAGACGCCAGCUCGUACGGCAGCUUCUACUCCCCGGGCGCAAGUCCCUUGCUCAGCGUUGACAACGAGCCCCCAAACUUUGUCCCAAGAUCCGCAUCAGACGCAGAAACAGCAGCAACGACCUGUCCCACGCGGCCAGCUGUCUCUCUCUCUGGCGCAGCCAAGCCCCCUCAUAACUCUGCAUUUUGCUGGGCGUGAUAUAGGCGGUUUCAGCUUUGGCAAUGGGAUGCCACUCUUCUCCCCACGUGGCUUGCAAUGGAUUCAGGCGCAGACUGGCCAAGACACAGCACUGCUCGGCCUGUCUGGACCUCUCUGGGAGAACCAAUACAAGCACGAGUCUCUCCUCAUGACCGGGUCAUCGCCAUCCCUCAUGAGGCUGCCGCCUCGAGCAACAGCGGAGCUGUACCUCUCUACCUUUGCAAAGGAGCCCGUCCGAUUCAUCUUGCCAAUCGUGGACCCGGUCCUUUUCAGCGAUACUCUCGACCUUGCCUAUGGCCCAGAACGUCUGCAAACCGCACCGACAGCCGAACAUGUUGCUGCCCAGGCCUGCGUGUUUUCAUUCAUGGGCUUCGUUGCACUCUUCAACGGCCAGAUCGAUUCGGCACCAAUCGAUGGCCACGCUGCCGUCGUCACAGCUCAGUAUAUGCUAAACCAGGCGCUGAUGGAUUGCAAUAUUGUCAGUUUGCAGAUCUGCCUAAUGCAGGCAUUAUACUAUCUGUUUGUGGGUCAACUUCAGGCUGCCUCCAUGUUCCAUGCCAUGUGCUACCGACUGUUGAUUACCCUGGGGGCACAUGUGCAGAGUGACAAUUUGUAUGAUGCACUCCAGGGAUCCGUCUCUGAUGUUGAGCUGCGGAUGCACCGGCACUUCCGCUGCAUCUUCUGGAUGGCCUAUUCACUCGACAAGGACAUCUCGCUCCGGACCGGUCUCCCGCCAUCGAUGCACGACGAGGACUGUGACCUGUCGCUGCCAAAGAAGUACCUCGACUGCCCGCCCGAGAUGAUUGAGCUCGAAAACGCCAACGAACCUGUUCUGCCAGGGGACCUGAGGCUGACAAUCCUGAAGUCCAAGACAUUCCGGAUCCUGUACUCCAAUCACGCGAAGCGCAAGUCCGACACACAGCUUCUGCGCGAUGUUCGACAGCUGGACGAGGAACUCGAGGCAUGGAGGCAGUCCAUCAACCCGCUCCACCGGCCUCUGCUUUCCUACGGUGGCGCCACUUCACUCUCCUCUUCCCCAGUCAACGUUCUUGGGCCAGCAGACUUGACUCCACACCAGAUGAUGCAUCGCGUGGUGAUCAACUUUGAGUACCACUACCUCAUGGCGGCAAUACACAGUGCCACAGGGCGGUGUCGCGCAUGGUCCUCAGGCGAGGACCCUGAUGCUGGCGCGAGCAAAGAGAUGAUGCAGGGUGUCAAUCUGAGCAUGGCGUUGGCAGUCGAGGCGAGCCGCUCUACCCUCAUAUUCUUGAGCUGGUACAAUCUGCACUUGCUCGGAGAACCUUUUUGGUUGAUGAUAUUCUACCCAAUGUGCGCCGUGCUCACAAUAUUUUGCAAUAUACUGAGCAACCCCCUGGACCCUCGAGCUGUGGAAGAUCUCCAGCUCAUGAGCAAGUGUCCAGACAUUAUCAGAAACAUGCGCCCUCGGCGGCUGACGCCCAGCGAAGUUCUCCACAUCAAGACGAUUGAACACUUUUUCAGCGAGUUGACCCGUUUGGGAGCUUGUGCCAUCACCAAGGGAGGGGCCAAAAAGCAGUAGCCCGAGCCGUCGUUCACAGGUAGAAUAUAUAUAUUUGGCUUACCAACGU